AGGUAAUAUAACAAUCAUCGCGCAUGAAUAGGCAGUUUGGUUAGCCCUGCCCUGUCCCAGAGAGAGAGAGAGAGAGGGAGAGAGGGAGAGAGACAGAGAGCAAGAGAGCGAGAGAGAGAGAGAGAGACAGAGAGGGAGAGAGGAUUAGCGGACACCUUUGCUCAGGCUCUCAGACCCACUCGCAGCCAUGGCCGAGAGUUCAGAUAAGGUGCCCAUCGCUUUAGCGGGACCAGAGGACAUGCAACAGUUUAUGCCACCUGCAUACACUGCGGUGGCAGUUAAACCGGUGGCCACCGGCCGCCUGCUGAAGUCCGGGAUUGUGGUUUUGAUCGCCGGGGCAAUACUGCUGCUGUUCGGGGCCAUCGGAGCUUUUUACUUCUGGAAUAUUAACGACAAACAUGUCUACAACGUCCACUACAGCAUGAGUAUUAAUGGUAAGGUGGAGGAGGGCUCUAUGGAGAUUGACGCUACCAACAACAUGGAGAGGUUCUGUACUGGGAGUGGAACUGAGGAGGCAGUGGAGGUCCACGACUUCCAGAUUGGUAUAACUGGCAUCCGUUUUGCUGGAGGAGAGAAGUGUUACAUUAAGACCCAGGUCAAAGCUCAUCUGCCUGACGUGGAAACACUCAACAAAGACUCUCUUCUAUUCGACCUGGAGGAUGAGGUGAUGCCUGCUAAGUUUGAGGAGGACUCUCUGAUCUGGGUGGCGGCUGACAUGCCCCUCUCUGACCCCACCUUCCUCAGCUCCAAGAUCCGUGAUUUGUGUGGAAGCCUGCCAAUCUUCUGGCUCCGCCCUACCUACCCCAACGGUGGGCAGAGGAAGAGGAGGGCAGCCCCUCGGCAGCGCCGCCAGGCACCGGGGGCAGAGGAGGAAGUGGACCCGGAAGCAGAAUUUAACCCCGAGAACCCCUAUCAUCGUGGUCUGGAGGGCGAGGAGGGCACCAUGACCUUUGACCCCAUGCUGGACCACCAGGGCGUGUGCUGUACGGAGUGCCGGAGGAGCCACACCCAGUGCCAGAGGAUCUGUGAGCCCCUGGGCGGGUUCCAACCCUGGCCCUACCACUACCGCGGGUGCAGGGUGGCCUGCAGAGUCAUCAUGCCCUGCCGCUGGUGGGUGGGUCGCAUUCUGGGCAUCCUCUAAACACUCCCUGCCUAGACCUGGAGUGGUAGAGUCCAGAGAAAGACAGGUGGUGGAGAGAGAGAGAGA